GGCAGCUACACUGAGCCUUGGAGCUCCCGAAAGCUCCAAGCUAUUCAGGGCUUAAGAACCAGAACGACUGUUAGCAAGCUAGCAAACGGGAGUGUUGCUUCCCAGAGGAAGUCACAGAUACCAGACUUGCUUGCUCCUGAUACAUCAUGACCAUGAGACACUGCUGGACAGUAGACCCCAGUUCUUGGUGGGUCCUGCUUCUGUAUAUCCAUGUUGUCAUUCUGGCCAGAGCGACAUCUGUACCUCAGACAACUGCCACUCUCUUAACUGAAAGCUCAAAGGACCCAUGCUCUUCUUGGUCUCCAGCAGUCCCAACUAAGCAGUACCCAGCGCUGAAUGUGAUCUGGCCAGAGAAAGAAGUGCCACUGAAUGGAACGCUGACCUUGUCCUGUACUGCCUGCAGCCGCUUCCCCUACUUCAGCAUCCUCUACUGGCUGGGCAAUGGUUCCUUCAUUGAGCACCUGCCAGGCGGGCUGAGGGAGAGUCACACAAGUCGAGAGCACAGGAAUACAAGCACCUUGCUGCACAGGGCUUUGGUGCUGGAGGAACUGAGCCCCACCCUACGAAGUACCAACUUCUCCUGUUUGUUUGUGGAUCCUGGACAGGUGGCCCAGUAUCACAUCAUUCUGGCCCAGCUCUGGGAUGGGUUGAAAACAGCCCCAUCCCCUUCUCAAGAAACCCUCUCCAGCCACAGCCCAGGACCCAAAUUAGCAGGCCCAGGGGUUGCAUGAAGCCAACCACAGCAUGACCCUGACUGGAGCCUGGCCCUCAUCUACCUGGAGGGUGACGUCUACACCAUAGGCUGUGAUUGCUUCUCUACAGCUGAACCUCAAAACUCAAGCUUCAUUUCUACCUAGAUUAUCAUAGUAAUUAAGCCCUUAGAGUUCCUCCUGCUUGUCCUUCUGUCCAUCCAUCCUGUUAACCUUUUCUAAUGUCUUAUUCAUCCCACUGGUGUUCUGGAACCUCUGAGACCUGGUGACGCCUUAGCCAAGUGAUAGCUCUGCUUACACUCAGCAUGAGUUUGAGAUGCCUGCCUGGCAGAUUUCUCACAUCCUGCACCAAUCCAACAAGUGAACCCUGAAGCCUAGUUGAGAUGUAACGUUGGCAACAUCCACACUCAGCUCUGCCCACUAUCUGCAUUGACUUCAAUCUUUACAGGUUUUUUUCCCCCUCCCUAGUUUGUCCCCAAUGUACCGUUCCAAGGAAGGGAUGGGACAAUGGCUGCUUCAGUCCACAAUUGUAUCUGUCAGUCUGUGUCUCAGCAGGGUCCACGAGUCCUCAUAAAGCUGCAGCAUCUCAA